AUGCUGGUGAUCUUCUUCGUGAUCCCGUUCUCGAUCAUGCUCGCGGUCAGCUUCUUCCGGCGCAAUCCGGCGGGCUUUUAUUCGCCCGAUUUCGUCUUCGACAAUUAUGCGCGCUUCCUGUCGCCCUUUUUCGGAUCGGUGCUGGGCUUUUCGCUGCUGCUUGCGAUCCUGGUGGCCAUCAUCUGCGUUGCGGUGUCGGUGCCGUUCACGGUCCUUCUGACGCGCGCCUCGCGCCGCGCGCAGACGCUCUGGCUGGUCGCGCUCCUGUCGGUCCUGUCCCUGUCCGAGGUGAUCAUCGGCUUUUCCUGGUCGACGCUUUUGUCGCGGACCGCUGGCAUCACGAACCUGUUCGUCGCGAUCGGGCUGAUGGAGGCGCCGCGCGCGCUGUUGCCCGGCUUCGGCGCCGUGCUGACGGGCAUGGUCUAUCAGGCGCUGCCCUACACGAUCCUGAUCCUCUAUCCGGCGAUCGUCCGGCUCGACCCGACGCUGAUGGAAGCGGCGCGGACGCUUGGCGCCUCGCCCACACGGGCGUUCUUCAACGUGGUGAUCCCGGCCCUGCGCAACACGAUUGUCGCGACGCUGAUCAUGGUGUUCGUCUUUGCGCUCGGCUCAUAUCUGCUGCCGCAGAUCCUGGGGCGGCCGCGGCACUGGACGCUGUCGGUGCUGAUCACCGAUCAGGCGAUCCUGCAAUCCAACAUGCCGUUCGCCGCGGCGAUGGCGGUCUUCCUUGUCCUCAUCUCGCUUGCGCUGGUCGGCCUGACGGUGAUGGCCGGCGGACGAAGGGAGGCAUGA